UUUAAGACGUUCACAUAUCUAUUGAAUUCAAAUAUUUGCGUGGACGAUUCUGAUUAUUCAAAGUCAGCAGUGGCUAGACCCGAGCACGGUCAUCGGGGCCGGGCUCCUGACCUUGGCCCGUCUCCCCUCAGGGGGAUCCACCGGGACAAAGCUGCAUCUUCCAACACCGAUGGGUCCCCCGUCACACCUGAGCGCAGUGACACUCCAGCCCGGCAGCAGCAGAGGGACGAGCCUACGACGAAGCCUCGGCAAUAAAACUCCAGCAGAGCCUCACGGGGGGACCGGACGGGUGUCAGCGGACCGGGUGACCACCAGACACUUUCACUCGCCGUCGGAAAAUGGCCAUUUUCCGCUAACUAGCCUCGCGUUCACCCCCAAACACUCGCCCUGCUGAACGCACACAUCACAAAAUGUUCCGGGGCUUUAAACCAGACCCGUAAACCUGCAUCACAACACGAUAGCGUUUUCAUUCAUGCAUUAUUGGUCUUGUGUUUGAGAAAACGGGGAGCUAAUGCUAACGUUAGCGGUUAGCACCACCCCCCGCGAUGACAGAAAAGGGGAUAGCCCGAGUAAAAAAAACACGAAAACAAACAACAGAGCGCAAGACAUUUAUUCCUUGUUUUCCACAGUAAAGUCAUUACAGUGAAGUGGCGGUCCAGCAGUGGGACGGGAAAUGGGAAGCUAGCCGCCCCGGGUUAGCCCGCAGCUACACAAAGAUCGACGAACACACCGCGGACCGUCCGCGGCCCCGUGGAUGGAAAAAAAAACAUUUAGCGUGAUCUUGCGCUAUAGACUCACCCUCCGAUCGGCCUCUGUGCCCAGAGGGUGAUGGCUGCACAGCCGGACGGUGCAGGCGCGCCACUUUCACGGAUUAGACAUGCUGAUUGUUCGGCCGAUGAUCAACAACCCACUUUUGGCUGCUCCGCCGCUCCGACAACACGCUUCCUGCCGCUGCCGCUGCCGCAGCUGCGGCGCGGUGCGCGCAGCCUCACGCGUCACCACCACUGCCUAUACUGUAUAAACACAUUUUCCCCGAAGACGCACCAUUUCAUUUUCAUGUUGCCAGGUGGAUGGAGUCCUGGUCCUAAAGUGCUCUUGAAUUAUUCCAACCAGAACUGAGGUUCUGGUGUCAGACAGCAAGUGGACUCAAUCACCAUCGCUCGUUUUCUCCGCUUCACUGAAACCCACCGGAACCACCUAAAUUAAUCAGUGUCACUUUUAGACAAAACAAGUUAAAAAAAAAAAAAAAAAACAUGAAGUGCCUCAUUUUUAUGAUUUGCAUGUAUUCCAGACUGGUAGGACGAGCGAUCAGAUGAAUUGCAAAACCUCUCUUUGCCUUGAAAAUGAUCAUAAAAAACUGGGGUCAUUCGUUGAGAAGGAGAAUCAAGAAGGGCAGAAAAUAAACCACUUCUGUCCAGGAAUCAGAAUCGGAAAACUUUAUUAAUCCCGAGGGAAAUUUAAUUUGUAACUUAACAUGCUCUGUAAACAACAAAAAUAUAAAUAUGAAGUGUAAAAUAUAAAAUGCAAAAUAGGAAGGCUAUGUACAUAGUGCUUAAAAGAGAUUGAGAUGAAAAAAAAAUGAAAAAUUAAAAAAAAAAAUCACGUAAAUUUUACCGGGAUUACUUGCUACAGGAAGAAAGACCUCAUGUGGCGCUCAGUCUUAGAUAUGACAUGGGUAGUCUCAGUCUAUCAGUCCGUGUGCCUCUGUGUUGGACCAGGAGCUGAUGGGAAAACUCUGGGACAGACUGACAUUACCAUCGGUUCUGUGUCCUGACAACAGUGAGGCCAUUCAUGUGUGGGGUUACUUCUCAGCGGAGGGACUGGAGUCACGCACUAUUUAGCCUCAGAACGCAGUCAUGAACAAUGAAUGGUAUCGAAACAUCUACCGAGAGCAACUACUCUCAUCCAUCCAAGAACAGUUUGGUGAAAAAACAGAGCCUCUUCCAGACAGAACACAGUUUGGGUACGUGGCCAGGAAUCUCCCCGGAUCAUCAUCAGAGACAUGCAAAAGGAGAAAUAUCUGUGUGAGGUCACAAGUGUUGAGCAGUUCUCCCUUGCCUCCACUGGGCGACGCUGUCGCGUCAGAGGCCAAAGCCAGCCGGAAGUGACAGGUGAAACUUCCUCCCAGUAUUUCGGAUCAGAGCCGCGGUUGCUCGUUGCGGGACCUGAGCUCAUAAUGGGACCAGUAGAGCACCUGCACAUGUCCAUCUUCUCUCAGAGCUUCUCACCGUGUGGAAAAUUCCUUGCUGCGGGAAACAACUACGGAGAGAUCGCAAUAUUCAGUCUCUCCGCAGCUCUGAGUCCUGAAGCGACUGAGUCGAACCUGAAACCGUUUCUCACCUUCUCGGCCCACGAUGGACCGGUCUACUGUCUUCUCUCCACGGAGUCGCAGCUGCUGAGUUCUGGAAACGGAGAGAUCCGAGCAUGGACCUGGAGCGAGCUCAUCAAAAAGACGGUGAAGCCUGUUUGGACCAAGAGACCUGACUACAAGUCGAGCUUGGAGAUUCCAGAAAUCAAUGCCAUGGUCAUCUACCCUCGAGACGACACGUUGGUGGUUGGAGGUGGGGACAACAACAUCCACGUGCUGGACAUGCAACGAGGCUCUUUCAAGUCGGUCCUGCAGGGCCACGCUGACUACGUCCACUGCCUGAACGUGCGGCCGCAGGAGGCCCAGCUGCUGUCCGGGAGUGAGGAUGGCAGUGUCAGAAUCUGGGACAUGCGAACCAACCAGAGCGUCCACGUCGUCGAGGCUCACAAGUAUGAGAGUUGUGCGCGGCCACAGUUCGGAAAGUGGAUCAGCUGUCUGACGAGCGACUGUGACUGGAUGGUGUGUGGCGGGGGUCCGUCCCUGUCGGUGUGGCACCUCCGCUCCAUGUCUCCCACGUCUGUGUUCGACCUCCCUGGCUGUCAGCGGCGUGCUGCCUUCCACCAGGACAUGAUUCUGGCAGUGGGCGACGGCGCCUACGUGUCUCACUGCCUGCUUGGCAGCGAGGUUAAAGCCCAGAUUCCGGUGACACCGCAGAGUCUCAACACGCUGGAGCUGAACAGCACCGAGCUGCAGGUGCUGACCGUCGCUGGGAGCAGCAGCCACAUCGAUGUCUUCACCAACCCCUCGUACAGAGCCUUUUCCCUGUCUUUCUGACUUGUCAAUGGCCUCACCACAAUAAAAGCU